UCAAAAAUCAAAAUGGCUUCAUUUCUUGCUGAGACGAGACGACGCGGGACCUGCAGCCCGCGUCGUAGUAUAAAUAUUUGUUUUAUAUUGAGAUAGGAGAUUAAUAAAAUUUUAAUUUAAGUCUGUUCUACUACUGUACUUCAAUAGAGUGUAAUGGGUAAACCAGAUUUCAACAGCCCCAGAGGUCGCGGCGGCGGUAGAGGAGGUGGGUUCCGCGGGGGCGGCGGCAGAGGUGGUGCAGGAGGCCGAGGGGGCUUCGGUGGUGGCCGCGGGGGCGGCGGAGGCAAGUUUGAAAAGAGAGGAGGUGGAUUCGGCGGAAGAGGAGGAGGAGGCCGUGGCAGAGGAGGUGGAGCUAGGGGGGGAAGGGGAGGGUUCAAAGGAGGCAAACAAGUAAUUUUAGAACCUCACAGGCAUCCUGGUGUUUUCAUUGCAAGAGGCAAGGAAGAUGCUUUAGUUACAAAGAAUUUAGUACCUGGUUCAGAAGUUUAUGGUGAAAAACGGAUUUCAGUUGAGAAUGAGGGGGAAAAGGUAGAAUACAGAGUAUGGAAUCCGUUCAGAUCAAAAUUGGCCGCUGCAAUAAUGGGAGGAGUUGAUGCAAUACACAUGCCUCCGGGAUCAAGAGUGCUGUAUUUGGGUGCAGCCAGUGGUACAACCGUCAGUCAUGUGUCAGAUAUUGUUGGACCGGAGGGCUUAGUAUAUGCAGUUGAAUUUUCACAUAGAUCAGGUAGAGAUCUCAUUAACGUAGCAAAGAAACGUACAAAUAUCAUUCCUAUUAUAGAAGACGCCAGGCAUCCACUAAAAUACAGAAUGCUGGUCGGUAUGGUGGAUACAAUAUUUGCUGAUGUAGCCCAACCAGACCAAGCUAGGAUAGUAUGUCUCAACGCACAACACUUCCUGAAGAAUGGCGGACAUUUUGUUAUAUCAAUUAAGGCCUCAUGUAUUGACUCAACCGCACAACCGGAAGCAGUAUUUGCAGCUGAAGUGAAGAAACUGCAAGCCGAUAAACUGAAACCUCAGGAGCAAUUGACAUUAGAACCAUAUGAGAGGGACCACGCAGUAGUUGUAGGAGUAUUCAGGCCCCCACCGAAGAAAUCAUAGCAAUAAAUAAUUAGGUUAAUA